AAACUUGUGCGUCGGAUCGCGGAGGGAGCCUCGGCGACAGAAACAACAACACGAGGACGAGGAGUCCUUCUGCUGGGGAGAAGAGAGAAGCAGGAAACAAUGAGCCGUGUGUUGGACCUCUGCCUGCUCCUGCUCAGCCUGCACCCCCCCGGCGCGCUGUCCCUGUCCACACUGCCUCCAGAGAAACCGGUCAAUCUGACCUGCUGGUCCCGGAACACCAAGGACCUGACGUGCAGCUGGGCUCCUGGAGGAAAGGGGGAGACUAACAUCAGCACACAGUACAAGCUCAAGUACAAACUCAGAUGGUAUGGAACAGAGAAGGAGUGUGAGGAUUACAGUCACGCGCAGCCGUACUCCUGCAGCAUCACCCAGGACCUGCACCUCUUCACGCCCUAUGAGAUCUGGGUGGAGGCCUCCAACCAGCUGGGCCGGGCCACCUCUGACGUCAUCAUCCUGGACAUCUUAGAUGUGGUGACCACCGACCCCCCGUCAGGUGUGACCGUCAGUCGCGUUGGCCAGUUGGAGGACCAGCUCAGCGUUCGCUGGGAGGCCCCGCCAGCUCUCAAAGACUUCCUGUUCCAAGCCAAGUAUCAGAUCCGCUACAGGCUGGAGGACAGCCAAGAGUGGAAGGUGAUGGAUGACGUGGGGAAUCAGACGUCGUGUAGACUGGCUGGUCUGAGACCCGGAACGGUGUAUUUUGUCCAGGUUCGUUGUAACCCCGUGGGCAUCUACGGCUCUCGCAAAGCUGGGAUCUGGAGCGAGUGGAGCCACCCCACAGCUGCCUCCACACCCCACAGUGAGCGGCUCAUGUCGGGCUCCUGCGACUCCAAGUCGAGCGGAGACUCCAACUCCACGCUGCGCCGGGAGCUGAAGCAGUUCUUCGGCUGGGUGAGGAAGCACGCCUACGGCUGCAGCAGCAUGUCCAUGAAGCUGUACGACCAGUGGAGGGUGCUUAUGCAGAAGUCCCAUAAAACUCGCAACCAGGUUCUCCAAGGGGAUAAAUCGUAGCACAUGCUGGCUUACGAGGAGAAAAGAAAGCAACUGAGUGAAUGCAGGUUGUGUUUUUGUUGUUUUUUUUAUGUGUGAAUGAGAAAGAGAGACUGCA